CCUAAACAAUAGCAAAGAGGGGGCCAACUAAUCACUACAGCAAACAAGUCACACUUUCAUGCAUUGGAAUUGGAGUUUGGUUGGUGUUUUAUCUCCUUUUGUCCUUUGAUUAUUCCUUUCAAUGGGAUCACAAAACGAGUAUGGAACUCGAGAUGAUGAGGUGAAAGUAAGGUGAUCCAUUGCGUGACUAAAAGUAAUGAAAAGUGUAGCCCAUCAAGGAGACAAAAGCAAUUAAACUAUUCGAUACAAUAAGAUCAUCUCAAUUUCCCUCGUGUUUAUAAAUAACAAGGUGAUGAUACUCUCUUCUUCUACACAUUAGUUUUGGAACAGGAAGUGAAAAUUUAAAAGCAAAUUAAGAUGACGGGGUUUGGCUCUCCUUGCGGAGCAUGCAAGUUUCUAAGAAGGAAGUGCGCCAAGCGAUGUGUGUUUGCCCCCUACUUCUCUCAUGAGCAAGGCGCGGCGCAUUUCGCGGCGAUCCACAAGGUGUUCGGGGCGAGCAACGCCUCGAAGCUCCUCGCGCACCUGCCGGUGGCCGACCGGUGCGAGGCGGCCGUCACCAUUUCGUACGAGGCGCAGGCCAGGGUCCGAGACCCAAUCUACGGCUGCGUCGCUCACAUCUUCGCGCUCCAGCAGCAGGUAGUGAAUUUGCAAGCACAAGUAGCUUCUUUAAAGGCCCAAGCAAGACAAGGCCAUAUCAACUGUUCUCCUUCUACUUUAAGCCUCCAAGAAGACAACUUCAGUAGCAGGUUCUUACCCAGCCAAGCACAACAUGGCUCGGGCUUUUCCCAGAAGCCAUCGAAUUCGAUUAACGCCGAAACCAUGCUUUGUUAUGAGAACGGGCUUCUCAAUUCGAUCUCUUUCCCUGCACCUCAUCAAUGCUACGACCCACAUUCAUACGUGAACGAUGAUCCUGUCGCCUUCGCUGCCGCCGACGAGAGCUCUUCCUGUGCCAUGGCCACUUUAGAUGCGCAACAAGAUGUUCAACAAACAAGCUUUGCUUAUUUAAACAGUGCAUGAAUGAUUGCGUCCCAUAACAAUUAGAAGUUUUGGAUCUUAUUGUACUCGUCAAUUAUUUGUGGUGGUGAAAAGUUGGUGCAAAUUUGGGACUGCAUCAAUCGCACGGACUUAUGAAAAUUGAAAGCUUCAUGUGUCUUUAUCUAGAACAUAUAUAAUUAGAACCCACUUAAAACUAAUAUGAUACUAGUAAUUAAUUUGGUAAUUCACAAAAUUUUAAAAUUGGCCUUCCGAGCCUAAUUUGACAAAGUAGUAAACAAUACAAUUAAAGGCCCAAUAACCUUCAUAGGCAUAA